UCAGGGUAACGGCGGGUUGUUUUAGCGGAUGGACCACGGACAACUAGCUAGUUAGCGGCCGUUGGAAACAAAACCGGACUCUAUUCUGAAGUGGUUUUUACUAAUUUCAUCCAGAGGUCGAGACUUUCGUGGUAAAAAUGGGAGUGCCGAAGUUUUACCGAUGGAUUUCGGAGCGCUAUCCUUGUUUGAGUGAAGUUGUCAAGGAGCAUCAGAUUCCAGAAUUUGACAAUCUUUAUCUGGACAUGAAUGGGAUCAUCCACCAAUGUUCCCACCCGAAUGACGAGGACGUCCACUUUCGCAUUUCCGAGGAAAAGAUUUUUGCCGACAUCUUCCAUUACCUGGAGGUGCUCUUCAGGAUCAUCAAGCCUCGUAAGGUCUUCUUCAUGGCGGUGGACGGUGUGGCACCGAGGGCGAAGAUGAACCAGCAGAGAGGACGGAGAUUCAGGUCUGCCAAAGAAGCAGAGGAAAAGAUAAAAAAAGCUCUGGAUAAAGGCGAGGUGCUUCCCACGGAGGCUCGCUUCGACUCCAACUGUAUCACUCCUGGCACUGACUUCAUGGCAAGACUCCAGGAGCAGCUCAAGUAUUUCGUCCACAACAAGCUCUCCACCGACAAGCUUUGGCAGAACGUCAACGUCUACCUGUCCGGCCAUGAGACUCCAGGGGAGGGAGAACACAAGAUCAUGGAGUUUAUUCGCUCUGAGAACGCCAAGCCGGGUCACAACCCCAACACCCGACACUGCCUGUAUGGCCUGGAUGCUGACCUGAUUAUGUUGGGUCUGACCAGCCACGAGCCAAAUUUCUCCCUGCUCAGAGAAGAGGUCCGCUUCGGAGGAAAGAAAAACCAGAAAAGAAUAACGGCUCCAGAGGAGACUACUUUUCACUUGCUUCACUUGUCUCUGAUGAGGGAGUACAUAGAUUAUGAGUUCUCUGAGCUCAGGAAUCAGAUCGGUUCUGCUUAUGACUUGGAGCGAAUAAUAGACGACUGGAUUCUGAUGGGUUUCCUGGUGGGAAACGAUUUCAUCCCUCACCUCCCUCACCUUCACAUCAGUCAUGACGCUCUGCCGCUGCUGUACAAGACCUACAUCAGUGCUCUGCCCAGCAUGGGGGGUUACCUGAAUGAGAACGGACAUCUUAACCUAAAAAACUUUGAGAAAUACAUGGAGAAACUUUCAGAGUUUGACCGGGAACAUUUCAGCGAGGUCUUCGUGGACCUGAAGUGGUUUGAGAGUAAAGUCGGUAACAAGUAUCUGAACGAGGCGGCUGGAUUGGCAGCAGAAAAGGAAGCUGCCAGCAAAGACAGCAACGAGAAUGAGGAUUCUACCUUGUCAGAAGGAGUGAUAGCAGAAGGAAAGGCAGCGGGAGGAGAUGAUGAAGAAGAGGAGGACGACAUGUUUGAAACUGAGUUCAGACAGUACAAGCGCACCUACUAUAUGACCAAGAUGGGCGUGGAUGUGGUGUCUGAUGAGUUUCUAGCCAAGCAGGCAAGGUGUUACGUGGAAGGUAUCCAGUGGAUUCUGCACUACUAUUACCAUGGGGUUCAGUCCUGGAGCUGGUACUACCCCUACCACUAUGCUCCCUUCCUAUCUGACAUCAGGAACAUAUCAGGGUUAAAGUUGACCUUUGACCUUGGGAAGCCUUUCAUGCCCUUCCAGCAACUGUUGGCAGUCCUGCCUGCUGCCAGCUCGGAGCUGCUGCCUGAGAGUUACAGGUACCUGAUGACCAGCGAAAGCUCACCCAUCAUUGAGUACUACCCUGUCGACUUUAAAACGGACCUCAAUGGCAAGCAACAGGAAUGGGAGGCCGUGGUUCUCAUUCCCUUCAUAGAUGAGAGGUGUUUGCUGGCAGCCAUGGAGCCCUACAAUCACAAGCUGACUAAAGAGGAGAAGGGGAGGAAUUGUCACACACAGUGCGCAGUCUACUCAUAUGACCCUGAAAUAGACGUCUCAUACACCUCCACCCUGCCUCAGCUGUUCCCAGACAUCAUCCACUGCCAUGUCAGGAAAGCAGACAUCCCUAUGGACACAUGGCACGUAUCACUGACCCACGUCAGCAGACGCGUCGACCGCUCAGCUCUGUAUUUCUGCGGCUUCCCCACACUGCAACACAUCAAACACAAGUUCUUUAAGAAGAAGAGCGGGGUUGUUGUGUUCCAGCAGAGCAGCAGAGGGGAGAACAUGAUGCUGGAGAUCCUGCACAGCCAGGAGGCAGAGGCGGUAUGUGAUGAUGUUGCGACACAAGUCCUGGGGAAGUCGGUGUUUGUCAACUGGCCGCAUCUAGAGGAAGCGCGCAUCAUCGCUGUGUCAGAUGGAGACGUCAAGUUUUCUCUAGAUGAACCUCCUGGCGUCCAAAGAUUGUAUGAGCGGCCCUCCACUCCUCCUCCCACCAAAGUCACCUGCCUGUCUGACAAGGAGCAGAAAGACUGGGUGAAGGAUGUUCAGGGAAUCACUGAACAUUUCUUGAAGAGGAAAGGCAUCAUUGUGAAGGAGACAUCGGUGGUUUUGUACGGCCAGUUGCUGACAGGAAGGAAAUACGUCCCCAAGGCCAACGGGGUGGUGGAACUCGAGAAACAGUGGGCAAAGCAGAUCCUCCCUUUCGCCUACCAGACAGUGGUUAAGGACAUCAAGGCCUUUUACUCGUCUCUGAACUGCUUUAAGAGCUUAGAUGAGCUCUUCCCUCCUGCAACCACGGUCUUCAUGGUGGGGAACCCUUACUACGGAGCCAUGGGCGAGGUGCAAGAUUCCAGUGAUGUCAUUAAAGAUGGUCGGGUACGAGUGGUCUUCAGUGUGCCACAUGAACCACAGCUGGAGCCAUUAAUUCAGAAUCAGCAUAAGUACUGUGUGAAGUACAGUCCCGGAUAUGUUCUGGCAUCUCGUCUCGGCAUCACCAGCUACCUCGUCUCCCGUUUCUCAGGAAGCAUCUUCAUCGGGCGAGGCUCUAAGAAGAAUCCCUGUGGGGAGCAGAAAGCUAAUGUUGGCCUGAAUCUGAAGUUCAACAAGAAGAAUGAGGAGGUUCCUGGAUACACCAAGAGGACUGAGAAGGAGUGGCUCUACUCUGCUGCUGUGGAGGAGCUGCUGGCUGAAUACCUGGACAGAUUUUCAGAGGUAUUCAACACAGUGUCCAGAAACAGUCAUGAUGAUGUUUUCUAUGAAGACGACAUCUGGCCCGAAGACGACCAGAAUGGGGCUGAGAAGGUUGCCGAAAUCACCUCAUGGCUGAAAAGCCACCCAGUGAGCUCCAUCGGCAGGACAUCAUGUGACCUACAGGUGCUGGACUUCGCCAUCGUGGAGAAGAUCGAGGAGGCGGUGGAGAAAACCAAGGUGAAGAAAAGCACUAAGAAAGUCCGUGUGACAGUCAAGCCUCAUCUCCUCUUCAGGCCCCUUGAGCAGCAGCAGGGAGUGGUUCCAGACCCGGACUCAGAGUACCGCCUGUUUGACAGAGUCAUCAACAUCAGGGAGAGCUUCACCGUCCCCCUGGGACUCAGAGGAACCAUCAUCGGUAUCAAAGGAGCGGAGCGAGAGGCAGAGGUCCUCUAUGAAGUGGUUUUUGAUGAAGAAUUCAGUGGAGGUCUCACCAUCAGGUGUACGUCACCUCGUUGUUAUCGCCUCCCUCCCUGCGCUCUCAUUAACCUUUCCCACGGAACCCGGGUAGAUCACUCCUCCCACAAACUCACCGCCAUCGUCAAGCCUCAACCUGCCGCAGCUGCAAACUUCAACUCUAACCGCCAGCUGUCCGGCCUGAACCACUCUCCACGUUCACCCUUCAUACCCACACAGCAUAACAACAAACAUGGUGUGGUGAAGGCGGCCUCGCAGGGCAACAGGAACUCUCCCUCUAAAGGUCCUAUCCAGAAACAACAGGCCAAGGAGUACAGUAAUGUGUGGCAGUCUCUGCAGAACUCUGGACCUCCUCUCAAACCUCCUGCUCACUGGCAAAAUGUAAGUCUUCUGUUCAUUCUGUACGUGCUGUUAAUCAGCUCCCACUAUUGCAAACUGUGA